AUGUCCGUCGCCGCCCCUCGGGAAGCCGACCUCAACAAGGGAUGGAAACGAGGUCCAGAAAACUUUGCUUUCGCAGACUCUGAUUCUGACGAUGACGAUGACAACGAGACGGGAGACGGGAAUUUGGACCUCUCAACCCGGGAGGACCCCGCCAAACCUCCUCCUCCCGUAAAAGUAUCCAAGAGACGCAAGCUAGACACAAAGACCGGCACAAAGGCGUCCAACGGUACGAACACCGGGAAUGCUUCAAAGCUCAACAACAACCGUAGCAACGGCAAUCCACGCGGAUGGCAAAGCAACUUGCCUUUUGUGCCCCUGACUCGACCACAAGCCGCAUCGGAUUCAAGGUCGACGACCAAAUCACCAUCGGGUCCGAUGGACCUAGGACGGACUGAUCUGGAUAAUUCCGGAGUUGCGGGGCCGUCAAGCUCGUCGAGCCUCAAUUCGAACUCGACGUGGAACUCGAAUCCGAACGGGAUGCAGAAGAAGGGGAAGAUGAAGGUCCUGGGGCCUAAUCAUAAUACCACAGGAACGAGGAAGACGAGCAUCCAACAAAAGAUCUCUAGCUUCGCUACCCCUAUCCCCCACGCUCCCGCUUUACCUAUCCACGAUUCGAAGAACAAGAACAGCAUGACUAGCAAGACCUCCGAUCGCGUUGAUAAGGGAAAGGUGCCAGCAGUGCAAGAUGCUGGCGGAGCGGGUUCAGGUGCGAGGACAGCUGGAGGCACGAAAGUUACGGAUGCCGGCAGUGGUAUCACAUUUGGGACGUUACCAAACCUGAAGACGGACGCUGCCAAGAAAUUCCCCAUCGUCAUGGGCUUCGAACGACAAAAGACCCUCCCGACGAGACAACCUGCGUCUGCGCUUAUCGAGUCUCGUCAAAGGCAAACGGGAAGUUCUGCUACCCUAACCGCGGGAAAGGAAGCGAGAAGCGAGAGUGAAGGAGAGGUCGUUUAUAUCGGUCAUGCGGGGAGACGAAACGGGAUGGCUACAAGUGGUCGCGAAACGGCGGGAAUAGACGGUCCGACCGGAUCGCAAAAGUUGCAGAGGUACAAGCUCGACAUGGCCGGAGUGCAAGAUCAGACGGCGGGGAUUGUGCAGGGAGACGGUCGGGGCCCGGCGUCGGUGGACGAAUAUCCUGAGGAUCAACCGGGUCCGAUCUUUGAAACGGUGGAAGACCACGGGAAUGCAGCUCCGAGCGCUCACCAUAUGGACGAUUUACGGGAAACUCAUCUCGAUGAAGCGAGAGGUUGUUCGACGGCUUUCGAGGACAUGCAGGUGUCACACAACGACAUAUAUGAAACCCGCCGCAUCAUUGGGAAGAGAACGCCAAUCAUCCCCAGGCUCCAAAGCAAAACACCUUCAAAUUUUGUCCAUGACCUCGAAGCGGAAGGCUUUUAUGACCCGCAACCAAAUCUUAGAAACCCCUUACCAUCUCGUUCCGCCUACAAGAGCCCGCAUCAUUCCACUCCCAAGCCCACUGCAUAUCCCGCGACCCCGCGUAGGACAAUUGAGCAACAUCGCCAGCUUCUGCAAGAGGUGCCUUCUGCUCGACCGGCAGUCCCUGAUCAUCUCAUCGCUCGUCGCGCUUUCGAGGCGGCGAAGGUGAAGAACGGGUCGGAGGAGGAAACUGGAACGGGGACAAGUUACGUUGACGAUGAAGAGUUCGCUUCAAUUGAUGAAACCUGGACUACACUUCCCUCGCGGCGAUCAAAUUCCCUUUCGAAAUCGAGCGUACCGAUCAAGACCGCCGCCAAGUUCAGCCUUCCUGGUGGUCUUUUCGGAAAGAAGAAUCGUCAACCGAAUCCAACCCUAUUUAGCGGUCCUGCGAACCCCCCUCCUCGUUCGAAUGUCCACAAACGAUCGUCCAACCUGCCCGGCACUACAUCCAUUCAGGCUACAACGCGCAAGAUCACCAUGUUUCACCCGAGCCCCAGACCUGACGCUUUUCAAGAGACGCCUAGCUCACCGAGCCCGUCUCCAUCGUUCACGGUCCGACCUUUGCACGCUCAGUAUGUGGCCAGCACUAUCGAACCCGAAACAUCGUUAGGCGAGCUUCCUUUAACGACCCGAAUCUCUGCCGUCUUACUUCAGCCGACUUACCUGAAUCCUCUCGAACCUGGUCACCUGCGAGUCGAUCUCGACUCACUGAAAACCGGAUACGCAGAUGUGAGGCGCCGCAUCGCCGAAUCACAUCGUGCUUAUGCGCGACAACCCGAACUGCCGAACGCGACCGAGGGAUACAUUGCGACACUAUGA